CAUCAUGAUCACAGCUGAAGAUGGAGAUGCUGAGUGAGAAUAGUGUCGGCUGGGUCUUCUCUUCCUUCUUUCAUGAUGUUUUGUCUUUCGUCAUUUGUUUAUGGGUUAGGUUAGGAUGAUAGUACGUGAUGUGUGCAAGAGCAGUGUGUAUACUUUUGAAGGAACAGAGUACCAUCUUUGAUUUGAAGGGGGUAUUCGAUUUUUCUCUUUUGGGGAUUAGGUUUGAUGAUGAGUGAAGCAGAGAUUGGAAGUAGUGAAUAUCUGUCUUCUGAUUGAGUUAGAUAGCAGAAAGAGUUGUUGUUUGCUGAUUAUAUGUGAUGAAAGGUGUUGUUGAUUUGGUCAUUCUCUCAUGUGGUUCUUUGAUCCUUGAUCUGAGUGUUAUAGAUUUCAUCAUAAUGACGUAAAUUGAGUCAGUCGAGUAUGGGUUAGCCGGAGACUUCCCUGGAUGUGAUUUGGACUGGGGUUAAGUUUUGAACGAACAUGGGGGAAUAGUGCCCUGCAAUUGUCAGAAAGAGAGAAAAAUGAGAAGGAGUUCCUGUUUGGUCUUCUGCUGAAACUUCUAUAGAUGUCAGUGAUGGCUUACACUGCUGGUCCUUUCAAUCCAUUGCGAAGUUUAUUCAUUGGGAAAGAAACCUGGAAAGUUAAGGUUCGCGUUCUUCGUGUGUGGGAGAUGUUUCCUAUUGGUGAUCCAUCCAAACCUUAUGCCAUUAAUCUUGUCCUAAUUGAUGAAGAGGGAGUUAAAAUUGAAGCUUAUAUUAAGAAGGGUUACAUGUCGAAGUUUCGAGGUGAAUUUGCUGAGGGAAAUGUGUAUAAGAUAACCUAUUUUGCUGUUGGUGACAAUGGUGGUUCAUUUCGUGCAUGUGAACAUGCGUUCAAGAUAUUUUUCACUUCAAGGACUCGUGCUGUGCCUGAUUUUUCCGAUGUCAUUCCCACUGUUGGGUUGACAUUGAAGAACUCUGCUGAGAUUAAGGGUACUUUGGGGGAGUCUGAUUUCCUGAUAGAUUAUAUUGGAUUACUUGCAGAACUUCCAAGUGAGAGGCAGUAUGAAAAAUCUGGAAAUAUAACAAGGAAGAUUGAGCUUGAGCUUAUUGAUGACAAGGGUAAGGUCAGGUGCGCCCUAUUUGGGAACUAUGUGGACAUUGUGAAGGAAUAUUUGGCUAAUGUUGGCAAUAAUUUACCAGUUGUUGUUGUCCAGUUGGCUAAAAUUAAGUCAUUUAGAGGUCAUGUUGUAAUUCAAAAUGUCAUGAAUGGAACUAAGGUCUUGUUUAAUCCUGAUAUCCCUGAAGUGACCUCUUUUCGGAAUGGUUUGGCAUUGCAUGGAAUUGAGUGUGAUGUUCCUGUUGGUGAAAUUCACGGUGGGCUGCCUUAUGUGCCUGUUGAUGAGGAGUUUCUUUCUCAUUUUCCUAGGAAGACAAUUCAAGAGUUGUAUUCCACUGCAGAGGAGGGCAUAUUCAUAGUAUUGGCUACAAGAAGUGAUUUGCUUGAUGGUGAGCGAUGGUAUUAUACUUCGUGCCGCUGUCACAAAUCAUUAACUGUUGAGGGAGGUCUUUCUUACUGUCGUGGUUGUGCAAUGUUUGUGCUUGAAGUUAUUCCAAGGUUUAUAAUUAAGGCUGAGGUCUACGAUGGUGAAGAAACUGCUACAUUUGUGAUGUUUGAUAAUGAUAGUGAAUCUAUCAUUCAAAAAAGUUGCAAAGAUUUGGUUUUGGGCAGCAAGAUUGAUUCUAUUGGUGAAUACCCUGAUGCUGUGAAGGCCAUUGUUGGGCGCGAGUUCCUUUUCAAGGUUGAGAAAGGUUGUGAUCAUGGUGUGAAGUUUGAUCAUUCCUUUAAAGUAAAGAAGAUCUGUGGUGAUUGUGGUGUCAUUGAAAUGUUUAAGUCUAAUGUUGCUGUUCAUACUCCUAAGAAGUUGAUGGCCGAUGCAUUUGUUUCCAAUCUUGAUUCUGGAUCAAAUGAUUGUCCGUUGAGUGACAAUAUGGCUGAUUAUUCUGGUGAACUCUCAGAAAUUGGGGCUAUCGCUGUUUCGCUGGAUGACAUAUCGCCGGUUGAAUGCUCUUCUGUUCUUUCUUCUGCUGGGUGUGUUGUUGGUGGUGAUUCAAGUGAUGUGAAGCCUUCAAAGAGGAUGAGGAUAAGGAAGAUCAAACUAGAUCUUUAGAGAUUUGGCUUUGAAUGUAGUGGGGAGUAGUUUUAUGUAGUAUUUUGAUGUGCUGUAACUUAUGUUUUAGUAGGUACUUUAUUUUGAUUUCAUCCUCUUGUGUGGUAGCGAAUGUUAAACAUAUGGUGUUGGUUGUUCAAUGCUGCUGAUACAAUGUUUUGGUUGGAUGACUGUGGUUGUAAUUUGUUUCAAGUAUGUACUUGUGAUGUACUUAAUCUACUGUAAUGUAUUUAAAUUUGAAUGAUCAAUGGUGUGUAAUGUUAAUUGACAAUUGACGAUUACUGUAUUGUAUUGAUUUAGUUGGAGUAUACAUCUUUAGUUUACAUUAUGUUUGAA